AUGAGAGACGAGAAGAAGUGCGCUGCACCCCUAACUGUCCCGCGCUCUGCGUACUCCUCGAAGAGGGGUCCCACUCGGCACACGCCAUUCGCCACUCACGUCAACACGCCAUUUGCCACUCACGUCGGUGGCAGCGCGGCUGAGACCUCUUCCGAUCGGGUGCGGCACGAUUAG